AUGAAUAAAAGUGAAUGGAAAUAUUUAAAAAAAGGUUAUCAAAAUAUGAAUUCUGUACUUGAAGAAAUUAAUUCUAAAGAAGAAUAUGAUAGUGAUAUUUGUGACAAUAUGGAUGAUAAUGAUAUUAUAACUGUUGAUUCUAAUAAUAUUGAAGAUAAUAAUUUAAAUAAUAAUUUAUCAAGUGAUAAUGAAAAUAAAUAUUAA